AUGGGAAAACGUGGCGAUUCCGGAGCCGGAGCUCCCCCGACCGCUGUUUCUGCAAAAGUGCAAGCGAUGGUCGAUCGUGCUAUGCAUUUGCAUGGCAAGACGGUGCCCCAAGCCAGUGUGCGUCCCCAGGCAACGCCCGCACGUGCUGUAAAUACACCCACAGUGGAAACUCCUGAAGCUGCCCCGAAGGCCACCGAGCCCUCAAUGUCAGUGCCAGGCCCGAGCCCUAUGUCCACCCACAGCACCCCGCUGAAGUCUCCAGAUGCCAAGAGGCAUCGCAGCGCCUCUGGGUUGUCCUCGGAUGGAGCAGCUAGCACGGUUCCGUCCCUGCCUAGCUUCUCUGGAUCUGCAUCUUCCAAACCGAAACAUUCUGAUUCUUCGACUACGAUCAGACUCUCCCAAGACCUGACCGGCACCCAGAUGGAAGAGGACACCCUUCCCCCGGCGGCUGAUGGAUUGCAAAUCUUCUGCGGCAUUGGGUGCUUGAUGCGUACUAUGGAAACAGGGAAGCAGGGCAAAGGGAUUGCAACAACCGCUGCGGAACCCGAUCCGGAAGCACCGGUAGCAACAACAACGCCAGCCGCAGCUCCCACCACCUCCACGCCACCUCCGGAGACACAUGCCGCAGAAACCCAGAUGUCAAGUCCUGGGCCGCCAACGCCGGUGGCCUCCGUUUCUGUGAAAGCAGGAGAAGCUGUCGCAAGCGCAGAAUCUUCGGCUGGAGCUGUGUAUGCUACUGCCAACAGCACAGAAGCAACGGCCAAGGCUUGGGUUCAUUGCCCGACCGAGAAACCGAUGGAAGUCGAUGACAAGCUCGAAACAGAGUUGGCAAAACUCAUCGACGAGGCAGAGGUGGAGAACGCAAAUCAACGGGCGGAUGAGGCAGAGUCGAAGGCGAGGGCUCUGCAGAGCCUUAUGACAGCUUUGCUGGCGAUGCCGCCCGAGACCCACACUGCGCGUGCGAGCAUCAUCCACAACAUGCUCCGCAGACCAGCAACAUGCGAUAUCGAAGCAAUGACGAAGCAGCUGCAGACGGAAACAACAACCACUGCCACAGCAGCAGGCAUGACGGAGAACAGCGAGACACCGAAGCCCAGCCUUUCGGUGCCACCAACCUCCGAGCCGAGCACAGCUUGUGUGCCGGCAGCGAUUGAGACCCAAACACCGAUGCCAGCAGAAAACCCAACUGCAGCCUCAGCAGCAAGUGUGCCAGCAGCAGCCGAGAAGCCAACAGAAAACCCGACAGCAACUGCAGCAGCAAGUGUGCCAGACACCGAGAAGCCAACAGAAAACCCGACAGCAACUGCAGCAGCAAGUGUGCCAAACACCGAGAAGCCGACAGAAAACCCGACAGCAACUGCAGCAGCAAGUGUGCCAGACACCGAGAAGCCGACAGAAAACCCGACAGCAACUGCAGCAGCAAGUGCAGCAGGAGUGGGUGUGACCGAAACGUCGAAGCCGACAGAAAACCCGACAGCAACCGCAGCAGCAAGUGUGCCAGCAGCAGCCGGUGUGAAUCAAGGGCAUGUCAAGCAAGAGCCAGAGCCGGAGGCCACAGGCAGUGUCCCAAAGCCGAACCCAGCCGUUCGUGUCAAGGAGGAGCCAGGCACCAGGACACGGGACCGGGAGAAUGAAACCGAUGAGGCUCGCAAAAGCUCGGCCGACUGUCCGCCGGAAGUCAGGGAGAAGGCACUCACGGCGGCGGGGCAGAAGCGCUCCACCUCGGUUAUGCGCCACAUGUACGAGAUGUGGAUUAGCAGCGGGUGCGAUUGGAUGCGAAGUUCCAUUAUGCUCAACGCCAAGAAGCGCAACAACACUAGGAGAACCGGCCGGCAUGUGUGGAAGCGCUUCGAUUUGCUCAAGACAGAGCCACCCAUCAGCAAUAGGCAUGGAUCCGCCAUCGCGGAGGACAUUCGUGCCUCGAAGAAAGGAAUGGACCCCAACGGCUCGGGCCGCUGGUGGAAGGUUCAUCCCGAUCAGCCCAAGAACGAGGACUGGGAGCUCUUCAAGUGCUUCGACUCCCGCGUGGAAGUCUCUGAGUCCGAGGAUGAAGUGGAGUUUAACUUCGGAUCCGAGGUGGGGCUGGAUGGUGCCGGGACCAAUGGUGUUCUGUCGCAUCUGCUCGAUGACAAUGCUCCUCGUGGAAGCAAUGAUCUCCCGCCACCGCCACCACCGAACCGCAGGCUUACAAACAAAGGCGAGAAGAAGGCCAAGGCUGCAGAACAGGAGGCUUUGGACUUGCUCAGAAAAGGCACCCAACGCAUCAUCGAAGCGGACGGCAUGGAGAGCAUGCUGCUGCGCGGCGGCAUGGGUGAUGCAUUUGCAAAAGCUAUGGUGGCCGACAUGAAAGCCGAUGUCGACCUGAUGAAGGAGCGCCACGCGGGCCUUCAGCAUGCCGUCACGACGAAGCAGGCUGACGGGGAGAUCGGCACGUUAAACGUGCUUUUGAAAGCGAGCUAUGGCAUUUAUGAUGAGAAGAUGAAAGCGGUCAAGCGUGCAAUCCGCCCGGCACCGAAAGCGAAAGCCAAGGGCAAAGCUCAGGCGAAGGCUAAGGCCGCUGCUUGA